CGCUAUCCCUUCAGCUGCUAGUGUAACCGGUUGCUCCAUACCAGCGACCCACAAUGGCUUGGAAUUUCCGGUCGUCCGUGUCGACGGAGGAAGAGCGAGACGAGUACAACGAUGGUUCCGUCAAGUUGCGUAAUCCCAAUAUCGAGCUGAUGGACCAGGAUAUCCUAUACCACCUGGCGCUGGGAAGUGGAAGCCAUGAUCUGCAUGAAAUGUUCGGCGAUGUGAAGUUCGUCUGCAUGGGAGGAACCCCGAAGCGAAUGGAAACGUUUGCGCAUUUCAUCAUGGAUGAAAUCGGCUACAAGCUCCCGGCCGGCACCCAGCUGCAAGAUAUCAGUGCAUUUUCAUACCGUUAUUCAAUGUACAAGGUUGGGCCAGUGCUUUCCAUUAGUCACGGCAUGGGCGUACCGUCGGUCGGCAUCCUCCUCCACGAACUUAUCAAGCUGAUGUAUCACGCGAAGGUGAAAGAUCCCAUUUUCAUCCGUAUCGGCACGUGCGGUGGUAUUGGCGUCGAAGGGGGAACCGUUGUCAUCACGGAGGAUGCGUACGAUGGAUUGCUGCGAAACAGUUAUGAGUUGGCCAUCCUGGGUAAGAUUGUGCACCGUCCGGCGAUUCUAGAUAAGCGGCUUGUACGAGAGCUGAAAUCGCUCGCUUCGAACGACGAUCCGUACGAUACGAUCAGCGGGAAAACGAUGUGCACGUAUGACUUCUACGAAGGUCAGGGCCGGUUAGAUGGAGCAUUUUGUGAGUUCUCCGAGACGGACAAAAUGGAGUACCUCGAGAAGCUGCGCGACUUCGGCGUGGUCAACAUUGAGAUGGAGUGCACGAUCUUUGCCGCGCUGACGCACUACGCCGGCAUUAAGGCGGCGAUCGUGUGCGUCACACUGCUCGAUCGCCUCAAGGGCGACCAGGUGAUGGCGCCCAAGGAAGUGAUGAACGAGUGGCAGCAACGCCCGCAGAUUCUAGUGUCCCGGCUGAUAAAGAAGCAUCUCGCCCAAAUGGGCCGCCUGAAGUCGCUGGCCUCGACACCUUCGUCCAUCAAGUCGCCGCGGCGCUUCAAGCUCGUGCAGCAGGAGUCGGAGGCUCAUGAGUAAAUUUUUCUCUUGUAUAUGUUAUACAGUGACAUACCGUACAAUAAGGCUGCUUUGGCAUUUGCAAACCUAUUUCCGAACGAAUAAACAUUCGUGCCACAGAGCGGUCACCGUCGCUGCAGUGAGACUAGCCUACCUACUGUGGCUGUAACUCGAAUGUUCGUUACCUCUGCACGAUAGGUUCAUUUUUGUUCGUGCAAAUUUUUGACGAGGUUCAACUUAGACAAAUAACAAAACAACAAAUAAAUUACACACAUUCAGCCGCCAAAUAGAAUUUUCAUGGCUAGUUAGCCACGUUUGUAUGUUUGUCACUGUACUUGCGCUUUGUGUUAGCAUUUACUCGCAGAGGCUUUUAUACAAUAUUUAUAUAUUUUCAAGUCAGGCAAGUGAUCCACACGAGGAGCGAACACGUAAACGCAAAUUAUACACAAAUAAAUAACACAAAUUUUAAGAAAGGGGAGCGCUUGUGAGGUGCAUGUGCCUAUGAUGGAUGAGGCGUGCAUGAGGGAAACUUACAUCCCCUCGCGUCGAGACGCUAGGGACGCGUGUACAUCAAAGGAUAUCACAAUGAUUGGUCCUUGCCUUACAUGUCAGAAGCAAUUUGUUUACCAUGUGGGACAGUUAUAAGCUAAAAGACGUCCGGAUGUAUAGGCAUAAGUGCAGCAGUACUAUCAAUCUGCUAUCGUUGGUGACCAAUCGCGGCGUAGGAGAUUCUUCAAAUGAUAAUUCCAUUACUGUCACGUGACUUUGUGAACUAUAUUUAACAACUGCGCUGCGAGAAUUCUUUGUUUUUACAAUGUUCAUAGUCGGUAUACUUAGAUUACUUUUGCCAGACGAUCUCGAAUAUGUCUGGAAACAAAACUCGUGUUUCACCAUUUCUCGCCAAUGUGUGAAUGGCAACUUAUAUUAUGAUUAAAACCUGUGCCAGAUGUUGGAAGUUCAACUCUAUCGAUUUUUAAAAAUUGGUUUCACUCCUUUGUGAAACACAGACAUUCAAAUGACAAUUCUAGCCCACUUGCAGCAUAUGACUUGUAGCUCAUCUCUCUCUCUCUCUCUUGUCUAUCAACGUACUACAAGCAAUAGUUAAUUGUUUGAAAUCCUAUACGUCUAUCAUAAUCUACCAUGCUCCUUUCUAAUAUGGCGCACUAGUUCUACUUACUUCAGUUGGUUUGCUUUUAGUGUUUUGCUAUGAAGGCAAUGGCAAGGAAUGAUGGCAUAAAGGGCCACACGAUAUGGAAAAAGUAACGAAGCUGUACAUUUUAUGUUAAACUAUUUGUAUUGUUAAUGUUAAAAACGGAAAUUAGCUUGUUAACAAAUUAACGAAUCAAAAGACAGCAAUCGUUUCCUCUAAGUUCCAAUUAGAUUUUCAAGUUAUCAGUUAUUGGCAGACUUAUACGACACAAGUGGAUAUAACGACAAUAUUAUAUCAACAUAACUCAAAUGAGUAUAUUAUGCAUGUAGUUGAUUGCAGGUUGAAACUAACGAAAUGUAAUAUUUAUUCGAAUUCGAAGUUAUCAGCGUGAACCAUUCGAUCUGAGUUAAUCUUAAUAGAGGGCAAGUACAUCGAUGAACGUAGACCCUCAACUCCUCCCCUUCACUCCCUUCCCCUGUAUAAGUGCAAUAGAAUAUUGCAUAAUGUACAAAACAAAAAGGUGGCAUCUCAGCAUCCUAGAGUAAAACUGCCAGGACCGUUUAGUAGCAGAAAUCGUAGGUGGUAGUCUGCUGCAAAUAAUAUCAUACUGCAUACUCGGUACUUCAGAACAAAACUACGCAUUGUAGUACAACAAUAUUCACGUUCAGUUAAGGUUGGGUGUAGGAAAAAAAAAUACAAUGAAAUAUCAAUAUUGUCCUUGAGAAAUUAACGAAUUACAUACAACAAUACGUAGCUUACAUAAAUGAAUAAAU